AUGGCUGCCACCAGAGAACACGAACCGCGAGCCAUCCUCAUGCGCGUCUGCGUCACGUUCCUCCUCGUCGCCGCGGUACUCGUAGGAAGCGCCACCGCAGCGCCGGCCGCUGCGAGCUCCGCACCAUCGCCGUCCCCCCGAAAAUCCCAAGGCCUCCUCAACCGAUUCAACCUGUGGCGCAAGAAAUUCUCGCUCAAGCCCCCGACACCCACUGGCGCUGCUGCUGCUACAGGCGGAGCCGUCGGCGGGGCAGCUGUAGCGGCGGCGAAGACAUUGGUGACGCCGGCUGCCACCGGCACGUGCCAGGCGUCGACUCUCGCAGGCUACACGAGCUCCGUGGACCUUUCGGGCAACGGGCUCAUCCUCCACUGGAAGACGUCAACGGGGUCAACGAUCGACCUCGCGCUCGAGGCCAAGUCAACGAGCGGUGCCGCGGGCGGGUGGAUUGCGGUGGCGUGGAGCAACGGCGGCAUGUUCAACUCCGACGCCGUCAUCGGGAACCUCGCGACGGCCAGCGGCGUGGGCACGUACGCGAUAUCGAGCUACUCGAGUGUGGCUACCACGACACGGUUCGCCAUCACCGGCACGAGCGUCACCGCGUCGGGCGGAAGCACGAUCGCGAAGUUCACUCGCACCACGGGAGACGGGCUCGUGAAAGUGAACGUGGCGGGGAGCAACAACCUCGUGUGGGCUUACUCGUCUGGCGGCUCGAAGACUGUUGCCAACCAUGGCGGCUCGCACAGGCACGUGCACGGGCAACACGGGCGUGAGCGGCACAGCAUGCCCUGCGUCCACCCUCUGCGGCUACUCCUACCAGGCGCAGAUCAAAUCCGGGGUGCUGCUGCACUGGAAGCGCGCGUCCGCCACGCAGCUGGACAUGGCCGUGGAGCUCAAAACAAACGACUCAUUCCCCCUCUUCCUCCCCCCUCUCCCGCUCUCCCCUGCUUCUCCCCCUUCCGCAGAGUGCUGCUGCACUGGAAGCGUGCGUCCGCCACGCAGCUGGACAUGGCCGUGGAGCUCAAGAGCAGCAGCGGCGCCAGCAACGGCUGGUUCGCCCUCGGCUGGGGAGGACGCAUGGCUCCUUCCGAUGCUGUCAUUGGCAACAGGGCCGGGGGAAUCACCAGCGCAUACCACAUCACUGGCUACAGCAUGUCCUCGUUACAAGGCGGCUCGUUUAGCAUUGGCAGCGGUGCCGGGACCGUGAAGUCUGCUACGGGCUCCACAGUGAUCCAGUUCUCGCGCACGGCCAACACCGGUUCUCAGGGCAUGAAGAUGAGCGGCGUCAGUCGGCUCAUCUGGGCGCACUCCAACUCCAACUCCAAGUCCCUUGCCUUCCACGGCGGCGCUGAGUGA